AUGGCAACAAUGAACAUGGCACAGCAACGAAAGUCGAGAGUCUACACCAGACGCGAAAUCGAGGCUCUUAUUGCCAGCGGUCGCUCCAUAAUCAUUGUACGAGGUAAAGUGUUGAAGGUGGACGCAUGGUUGCCUUACCAUCCAGGCGGCGAUAAAGCUCUCCAGCACAUGAUCGGACGGGAUGCUACAGAUGAAGUGGAACAGUUUCACUCCGCCGAGACAUUGCGAUUCGCCGAGCGCUACCAAAUUGGCCGCAUAGAAGGACUAUGGGCCAACUUUCUACCGCCGAUACAAGGAGGAAAGUUCCGGACCCAGGAAGAGCUGGAUAGAAUACCCUCAAACGACAAUGAAGAAACAAUCUCUUCGGGCAGCGAAUCCGAAAACACGGCCUCGUCAGCAGAUCAAAGCCCCGUCUUCGAACCUGCAGAACAGGAUGCCGCCUCGCUCCGCAAGCGCACUGCCGUCCCACGCACUUCAUCCGCGUCCUCUGUAUCGUCGGUCGAUCUCGAUGAUAUGAAGGAGACGCCGAAAAUGUCCCUGUUAGAUGCCCGAACACAAAAGGAGAUCGACUUGGACAGCGUCACAUACCCUGCUCUGGACCCACAAACGCAAGCGAAUGUCGUACACAAGUAUCGUGAGCUACAGAAGCGUAUAGAAGCGGAGGGACUGUAUGAUUGCAACUAUAUGGCUUACGGAAUCGAGGGUAUUCGCUACACAAUUGCGCUGACUCUGUUUAUUUUCCUCCUACGAUCCGGUUGGUACAUCACAUCCGCGUUCCCGCUUGGCUUCCUUUGGCACCAGCUUGCUUUUGUCGUUCACGAUGCUUCUCACAUGGGCAUCACGCACGACUUUAUUACAGACUCCACAAUCGCCAUGUUCACCGCCAGUUAUCUGGGUGGCUUGAGCGCUGGGUGGUGGAAGUCCAAUCACAAUGUGCACCACAUCGUUACGAAUUCACCCGAGCACGACCCCGAUAUCGAGCACAUGCCAUUUUUCGCUAUCUCGCAUCGCUUUUUCGAAAACCUAUUUUCUACGUAUUACGAACGCGCCAUGACUUAUGAUGCAUUUGCGAAGUUUAUGAUACUGUAUCAGAAUUACACGUACUACCCUAUCAUGUUGUUUGGUAGAUUCAACCUGUAUAGAUUGGGUUGGGCACAUCUCUUAUUGGGCCUGGGUCCAAAGAAGGGCAUUGCAUGGUGGUUCCGGUGGUUUGAGAUUGUUGGGCAGGUUGUUUUCUGGACUUGGUACGGAUAUGGAGUGGUCUACAAGACUAUUCCUGGUGGAUGGAACCGAUUUUGGUUUGUGUUGAUUAGUCACGCCAUCACAGCUCCUCUUCACGUACAAAUCACGCUCAGUCAUUUCGCUAUGAGCACCGCCGAUCUGGGCGUCACCGAAUCGUUCCCCCAGAAGAUGUUGCGCACGACCAUGGACGUGGAUUGUCCACAGUGGCUCGAUUUCUUCCACGGCGGCCUUCAGUUCCAAGCUAUCCACCAUCUCUACCCUCGCAUCCCCAGGCACAACUUGCGGAAGACACAGAGGCUUGUGCAGGACUUUUGCAACGACGUGGAUAUACCUUAUGCUCUGUACGGAUUUGUAGAUGGAAACAAGGUAGUCAUUGGAAAGCUCCGGGACGUAGGACGCCAAGCAGCCAUCCUUGCUGAGUGCCAGCGAACAAUCGUAGAGGGAGAAUUUGGUUCGCACACUCAUUGA